UGUAUCCGUCGUUGUCCGGGAAUCAUUCAGCCAAAAAUAAUUAUUAGUCCACCACGGCUCUUUCUCGAUGCCAUUUGAGUGGAAGGAGUUGAAGAUUUUGUAGAGGAUUUACUUUCCCAGAACAUCCAGUUUUGUAUUUUUCCAAUUUGAUCGUUUGUCAAAAAAAGAGGAAUCACUAAUCGGAAACAAUCGCAAGUAGGGGAAAAAAUAAGAAACGGCUGGAAGAAAAGUAAGAAAACGAAAACUCACAUGUGUUCGUCUGGUGAAAAGCAAAUUGAUUUCGUUUAAACCCUAAUCCCCCUUUGCUCAUGAGAGAGACGAUUUGUCUCGGAUGAAUUUUUUUCUUUAUUUUGUGAAUUAUUACAAAAAGAGAUUUGUAUAUGUUUUCCUAAAACAAAGCCCAUCGUAUGUAGUAGGCCUCUGCUAUCAAACAAAAUGUAGCCCAUAUAUUUGUAGCUCAUAUAUUAAUAUUAUCUAAAAAUAUUGAUCUAAUUUUUUUAAAGAUAAUUAUUUGCUUAAUAGUUUGUAUGUCCAAUACAAAUUUUAACUCUAUUAAUAUAAAUAUAUAACGAAAUUUAUUUUUCGAAAAUAUUUAUAUUUUUAUUUUUAAAAUUUUAUAUUGUUAAAAUUUUAAACCUUACCCCCAAAACUCUCUCCUUUGACUCUAAACCCAAAUAUGUUUUUUGAAAUACGAAAAGAAAAUUUGAAACUAUUUUCAUAUUUUUAUUUUAAAAUUUUAAUAUGUAUUUUAUAUUGUUAAAAUUUUAAAUCCUACCCUCCAAAGUGUAAAGGUAGUUAAUCCUAGGAAUAUAAGGGUAUAAUUACUUUUUAAUAAAAUAUAUUUUGGUAACUUUUUUUUGUAGAUGUAUUGUGAAAAUAAACUAAAAAAAGUUAUCAUAAGAAAUUUCUUUUAAAGAUAUGUAAAAUAAGAAAAAUUAUAUAGUAACUAAAAUUCUUAUAAUAUGAUCUAAUAUAUGAAAUUAUAAUAUAGAUCUAAUAUAUGAUUAUAAUUUGAAAUAUAUUUCAUCCCGCGCAGGGCGCGGGUCAUCACCUAGUACAUAUUAUAUUUGGAGUGAUUGAAGUUAAACAUUAGUUUUCCUUUCUCUGCAAGGAAAUACAUUACGUCUUAAGCUAAUGGUAAAUAUCAAUCAGAUGACAUGUAGAACAAAGAUUUUGUUUGAUGGGAAGAUUCCAGAAAAAGGCUCAUGAUAGCAAACUAGUUCUGUAAAAGAAAGGACAUUCGUGAAGAUUGUUAUUCUUAGGACAAAUUUGGAGAAACCAAUUAGUAUAUUCACUAAGCUAACCAUUUGCUGCCUUCGCCCUAAAUUUUGAACUUAUUAGUACAAAGAUUGUUAUUCUUAGGACGAAUAUCAAUCAAAUGUCAUGUAGAACAAAGAUUUUGUUUGAUGGGAAGAUCCCAAAAAAGGCUCAUCAUAUCAAACUAGUUCUGUAAGAGAAAGGACAUUCAUGAAGAUUGUUAUUCCUAGGACGAAUUUGGAGAAACUCAUUAGUACAUUCACUAAGCUAAUCAUUUGUUUCCUUCACCCUAAAUUCAAUGUUUUUACUCUUAAAAGAGAUAACAUUCAGAUCAUAAAAUAGUUAUAAUAGGUUGAAGAGCAAUCAAUUCAGAAUUUACAGAGAAAAAACACAUUUUCAGCAUGUGUCCUUCUCAAAUCGGUUUUCACUUCCUUCUCAUUCAGUUUUCUAGUUUUAAAGUUUUUUUUCUCAUUCUAAGAGGGAUGUAUUGAAUUAAGAGUUUAGAAGAUUUUGGAGUAUUUUAAUUUUGGUGAGUUUAGAGUGAUUUUGAAUUUAUUUGAGUGGUUAUAGUAAAUUUUUUUAUAAUUUGAUUUCGUAGAUAUAUUUUAUAAAUUUCAUAAUUUUUCAACUCUUGUUUCAAUAUACACCUCCCCCCCCCCCCCCCCCCCCCCUCCCCAAAAGUAAAUUGGAAUGUUUUUGGUCAAACUUAUUGUUGGUUCAUGAUUGGAGAUUCUAGAAAGUUUUUAAAGUGUACAUUUGACCUUUUCUUAUUUGUGGAAGAGUAGAUAUCAUUUUUGGAAAUAUCACAACUGUCAAAUGUAUUAGAGGAAAAUACAUAUGAAUCCAGAAGCAAAUCUUCUUCAAAAGAAAACAAAUGUAUUUCAGCACAAACAUUAUUUUAAAAAGUUCAAGUAAAAAUCUCAUUUGUAAUUGAAUUUUAAAAAGUAGAACGAAGUUUUUUUUGGAGAAAAAUCACAUAUUUAUCUAGCUAUUUUAAAUUUUGACUAAAUUAAGUGAUAAAUAUUUUUUCAUCUGUGAAAUUUGUUAUCUUAUCUAGUAAUUAUAAAAUCUGAUUGGCUAGCUAAAUUCCUUUGGAUUUAUAAUUGCAUUGAAAAUACAUAUGAAUCCAGAAGCAAAUCUUCUUCAAAAGAAAACAAAUGUAUUUCAGCACAAACAUUAUUUUAAAAAGUUCAAGUAAAAAUCUCAUUUGUAAUUGAAUUUUAAAAAGUAGAACGAAGUUUUUUUUGGAGAAAAAUCACAUAUUUAUCUAGCUAUUUUAAAUUUUGACUAAAUUAAGUGAUAAAUAUUUUUUCAUCUGUGAAAUUUGUUAUCUUAUCUAGUAAUUAUAAAAUCUGAUUGGCUAGCUAAAUUCCUUUGGAUUUAUAAUUGCAUUGAAAAUACAUAUGAAUCCAGAAGCAAAUCUUCUUCAAAAGAAAACAAAUGUAUUUCAGCACAAACAUUAUUUUAAAAAGUUCAAGUAAAAAUCUCAUUCGUAAUUGUAUUUUAAAAAGUAGAACGAAUUUUUUUUUGAGAAAAAUCACAUAUUUAUCUAGCUAUUUUAAAUUUUGACUAAAUUAAGUGAUAAAUAUUUUUUUCAUCUGUGAAAUUUGUUAUCUUAUCUAGUAAUUAUAAAAUCUGAUUGGCUAGCUAAAUUCCAUUGGAUUUAUAAUUGCAGCAAUUGUAUUUUUGUCAUUUGUGAAAUGUGUUAACUUAUCUAGUAAGUAUAAAAUCUGAUUGGCUAGCUAAAUUUCAUUAGAUAUGUAAUUACAGCAAUUGUGUGGACUGAAUAGUUUUUAUGAUAUUUUCCCUAUAAGGAGCCUUUGAUAAGUAAAACAAAACAUAAAGGCUUGGAUGUGUAUUCAAAGUCUGUCUAAGCUUCAAAGAAAAAUUGUCUUCUCCUGUCUCCAGUUUUCCUCUCUUUUCUCGGUGAUCGUCAACUUUUCUCAUUUUAUAAGUCUUCUGUAACUUCUUCCAUCAACAACUCUUAUUAAUCUCUAUGUUUUGCUAGUGUUCGAGAAAUCUUUACACUGCUUCUCUUUGUUGUCUUUGUCAUUGGAUUCAAGUUCUUUUUGCAACCUUUAAACCAUUUUCUCUAGUCUUUUGAUUGGGUCAGGUGUGUGAGUAUUAUGACGAUCUCAAAUUACGUGUUAGACUCAGGCAAAUGGAAUGAAAAGAAUUUUUUUUUUCUUUCUGAUCCCAUGCAUGGUCAUUUCUCUAUAUCUUCUCGUGUGGUGUGAUCCUUUGUUGUGUUUGGGGUGGGGGGGGGGGGGUUAAUCUCUCUUUUGUUAAUGAAAUUAUAUGUGUGAUCAGACCUGCUUGGUUCAAAGUUAUAUGCUUUUGUAGUCUCAAUGAUUUCAUGCAAAUGAGAACUAUUGGUUGUUUUUUUUCUCCUGAUGUUAAAUCUCAUAUAAGCUUAUUUGUUUGGUGUUUUGUUGUUGUUAGGUGACUACAACCCGUGAGAUCUAAAUCCAAUGAGUUCUUUUGGUAACUCGCCUGUUAUGUGCAGCUGGUGCGGAAUUCAUAUUGCACACCAUCAAUGGCGGGAGCAUGUUCAAGUUUGUCGUGUGAGUUUGUUACCUAUAUUUACGUCAAAAUAUAUAAAUGGUUGUUUAUUAUUCUUCUCUAUAUAAAUUUUGUAAUAAAUGGUUUUCAGGGCGCUUAUAAUCAUGCAAGUGUUGCUAUGGCCACCUAUCAAGUCAGUGUUCAGGGCCAUGGUGUAUCUGCUGCAACGUUGACUCAAGGGCAAUGGUAUCAACAACCAUAUCAACAAUACUACCAAAACUAUAUCGGAGACUACAUGCAACAACAACCGAUUCAAUAUCAAAGUUUUGCUCCACAAAAUCAAGACGCUUAUAAUGAGGCAAGUGUUGCUAUGGCUACCACUCAGGCUAGCAUUGCUAUACCCUCCUCUCAAGCUAGUGCUCAGAGUCAUGGUGUAUCUGCUGCAACAUUGACUCAAGUGCAAUGGUAUCAACAGCCAUAUCAUCAGUAUUACGAAAACUAUGUCGGAGACUACAUGCAACAACAACAACCGAUGCAACUUCAAAGUUUUGCUCCCCAAAAUCAAGUAAUCUAUGUGCAGGUGCAGCCACGGGUUCAUCAUGUUGCUCAGACUGAUCAAUCUCAGAUGCAACCUCAACCACAAGUCAAAUCUCAGAGUUUAACUAUGCAUCAACCUCAUGAUGCAUUUUCAUCACCUAAGGACAACACUGUUCAGGAUAGUCUGGCACAAAACACUAUUGGUCAGUGUCAGUCAAACCAGCCACAUGCAUCUUGGACUGGUCUGAACCCUCAACCUAACCAGACAAACCAAGUAGAAUCUCCCCCAAACAAUAUGUUUGAGUAUCAUGAAGAUCAUUUUCCUGAACAGGUAACACAUGUUCAUCCACCUCAACAUAUUAUUCUUAUUCAAAAACAGCAGUCUUUGUUAACAAGUCAACUAACAAGAGAUCAAUAUACGAUGCAACAGGUGCUUAAGUACGGAGGAGCAUCAGUCCCUGAAAGCUCAUAUAUGCAUUCAUUACAUCAACUGAUUUUGUCAAAUCCUUCGUUGCCGCAAAAACAAACAGCAGCAUCAACAACUGAUGUCGUUCAUAAUCAGAUGCAUCAGGAAGGCCCUUCCUAUAAUCUCGAUAUAGCUCUGCAGGAUCAUCAACCUAUUCCUACAAUUCUUGGGGUUCAACCAAACAUGAUACAUUUUUCCGCUACUGCACCGCAGGUGGGCUUAGGACAUGCUGCACCGAGCUUGCAAAGGAUCCCAAAGCAGGUACAUUGGCCACCUUUGGGCCCAAAUAAAGUAAUUCAUAUAUAUGGAGAUAAAGAUGAUGAAGCAGUUAUGGAGGGUUCAAUCUCUGAUUCAACCAACGAUUUAUAUAAUGUGUUACGUGCUGCUGAAGAAACUACAAUUAAACUUGAUCAUAAGCAUAAAAGAAAGCUUACUGAGGCUUGUGAUGAAUCUGUCCACCGAUCAAGGAUUAAUGUGGAGGGCAGUGAAAUAAAAAUUGGGCCUCUAGGUAAGCAAGUGAUGGAAGAAAAUGUUGGAAAUGGCUGGGAAGACCUAGGUAAGAGUCUUUUAGUAGAUGUUGGAAAUGGUUGGGAAGACCUAGGUAAGAGUAUUUUAGUAGAGAAAAAAGGCAUAAACGAUGAUCCUUCUCUGGAUGGUACUCUACUAACGAACCCUAGCUUGUUAAACCAAGAUGGACUUCCACAGCUGAGCAAUCUUCCCCAGCAUUACCUCACGAUUGCUGAAAAAUCUAGAGGUCGUUCUGCAAAAUCAUUGGAUAGAGGAUUUGACCAGAGAUCAUCGGUUAGGAGUCAUGAAAAGCAUGAGACAGGUUUCGAGUUAAGACCUACUUUAAGAUCCUCUCAGCCUUCCAUGGACUUGGGAGAAGGACAGUUCAGACAUGGACAAAGAAGUCCUAUAUGUGAACACCUUGGGAUGCCUUCUCAUGGAUAUGGGCCUUCAGGGGGUAGAUUUGCUUUGCAUAGGAGUGAGUUUAAAGGUCUUGGAAAUCUUCAAAUAGGAGAGCAGGUAAUUUCUGGUGAUAAGAUUGGACCGGUGGAUAGUAAUAAUGGUUUUAGGCUUGGAGAUGUUGGAUCUCAGAGUAUAUAUACCUUGCAAGGAUAUCAUGUUGAUGAUGUCUCGUUUCCAGUUAAGGGAGACUGGGCGACAAAACCUUUUGAAAGUUUAGAUUUUCACUCCCAGUCAAAGGAGCAUCAACAGAAGUCUAUGGAUAUGGUCUCCACGAUGAAGCAUAAUGAAAAGAAACAUAAAAUGGCUCCUUUGGAUUCUUCUCAAUUUGGUAAUCAAAACAAAAAUGAAGAAGGCAGAUUGAAAGGUUCAGGAGAGAAAGAGGAAAACCGGUCAAUUGUGUAUCAUCAAUAUUAAUAAUUUUGAUAAAAACUACUGGUGAACAUUCUCCAGUACCUCCUAUCAUAUCAGACUUUUUUUUUAUUGACAACUAUCAUAUCAGACUUUUUCUUAUUGACAACUAUCUUAUCAGAUUUUAUGCAAUAUUUUUACUAAGACUUUAUGAAAUUUGAGUCAUAAGUUUCUGUUUACUUCUUGUAUCUCCAUACUAUGUAGUUACAGCUUUUUGUUAAGGUUGCCAUUAUCGAGUGAACAUGGAUUUUCCUUCAUAUUUUUAACUUGCAUUGCAUUAUAUUAGCAUGAAAUACUUAAUGCUUUGGUAUGCUAUCUGGUAGUAAAAAAAUUACAUGUCCAUGCGAACUAGCUAGGGUGUCAAAAUAUCUGCGAACAGUAAGCGAUCAACUCGGUUUGUAGUGAUUGGGCAGAUGCCAAGUUAUGAGAGACCUUGAUUUUGACAGUUAACCUAAGUAAAGAAACAGUAUAUGUGAUUGUGACCAAGCAUAUUUACACAAUGAAACUAAAGAGCUCAAGUCUAUAGUACUACAUGGUUUUUUUUCUUUCCUGCGGAAAGUGGAUAGAUAAAUAUAUAUCUAAUAAAUAAAAUCUUGAUUUCUUUUCUUUUUCUUCAUUCCCCACGCAACCCUUGUCAUAUUUGCUAACCAUGGAAUUUACAUGUCUCACAGAUGAUGUACCAGAUCAAUUAUACUUGUUAUUCAUACCCUAUUCUUUAAUCAGUAACUUGUGCAUGUUCCACGUCUUUCCCAUACAAAUUCUACCAAAUUUGGAGUUUGUGGUGUGUGUAUUUUGUCGCUGAUUUAUAAAUAACACAUUACCUAGAUUUAUUGUUUUGACAGAAAACUUGAUUUUACGAUUUGACAUGAUUAUAUAAUUUUAAGGUUAAUAAUAUUAUAUAAUAACUACAAUAACUAAUUUAACUGAUUUUUAUAUUUGUAUUAAGGGUAAUUACGUUUCUAGACUUUGAAAUGAAAAUUUUGCAUCUUAACUCUAUAUUUUGCUGCAUCUCAAAAAUUUAAAUAUUACAGAUUUUGCAUCUAAAUGUUGAUACAAAAGUGUACAAACAAACAAUAUCUGAAUAUUUUCAUCUAGAUAUAGAGUUUGGAUACAAACGGACAUGGCUUAAACCCCUGAAGAAGAACAAGAAAAAAAGCAAGCCAUAAGGUUGUGCACAAAUUGAAUAUCCGAAUCUUUUUGAGGUAUUCGUGAUCCGAUAUAUUUCGUCCAAAUAAUUAAUUAUCCGAUUCGAGCUGCUCCGCAGCUACUCAGAUAUUCGGUGUUUGAUAUCUAAUUCAUUAAUAUUUUGAUUGGAUAUCUGAUUUGAUCAAUAUAAAUAUUUUUUUUAAAAAACUAAAACUAAUAAAAUCCCAAAAUAAUAUAAAAUAAUUGUAUUUUAUUAUAAAAAUUAAAAUUAAUUUACUUUUACAACUCUAAUAACUUAAAUAGUCAAUUUUAUAAAUAAAAUAUUUUAAAACUUAUAUAAUAUGUAAUAGUUAUAUAAUUCAUUAAAUAUAUGUAUGUAUAUGCAUGAUCGACCGAAUAUUCAUUGUUAAAAUAUUAGUAUUAAUGAGUUGUUUUGUUUUUUACGUAUAAUGAAUAUUAAUAUGUGAUUUGCUUCGUAGAGUUACAAAAUCUAUUUUUUUGUUCGAAUCAAAACGGAUAAUUAACCAAACAAUUUUUACAAAUAUUUUUCACAACCCUAGUAAGCCAGAUAUGGAUAAAUUAACACACCAUGUUCAUUCACAUUUAAAGAGUUCAUUCCAUUCACUGACCUUAAAAAAACCUUAUUACAUUUGGAGUGUAUAAAGUUAAAAAUUACUUUUCCUUUUUCUACAAAGAAAAAUAUUCCGUCUUAAGCUAAUGGUAAAUAUCAAUCAAAUGACAUGCAGAACAAAGAUUUUGUUUCAUGAUGGGAAGAUUUAAAAAACACUCAUGAGAGCAAACUAGUUCUGUAACAGAAAGAGCAUUCAUGAAGAUUGUUAUCCUUAGGACGAGAUUGGAGAAACUCACAAGUACAUUUACUAAGCUAAUCAUUUGAGUCGUUCAAAAAAAAAAACUAAUCAUUUGCUGCCUUCAUCCUAAAUUCAAUGUUUUUACCCUCAAAAUAGAACGUUCGUAAAUAGAUAUAGUAGGGAGAUAAGAGAAAUCAAUUCAUGAAUUUACAAAGACCUUGAUUUUGACAGUUAACCUAAGUAAAGAAACAGUAUAUGUGACCAAGCAUGUUUACACAAUGAAACCAAAGAGCUCUAGUCUAUAGUAUUAUAUGGUUUUUAAUUUAUUUGAUGCGGAAAGUGGAUAGAUAAAUAUAAAUCUAAUAUAUGAAAUCUUGAUUUCUUUUUAUUUUGUUCAGUUCCCAUGCAACCUUUGUCAUAUUGCUAACCAUGGAAUUUACAGGUCUCACAGAUAAUUUACCAGAUCAAUUAUACUUGUUAUUCAUACCAUAUUCUUUAAUUAGUAGCUUGUGCAUGUUCUACGUCUUUUCCAUACAAGUUCUACCAAAUUUGCAGUUUGUGGAGUGCCGAUUUUGUGGGUGCUUUAUAAAUAUAACAAAUUACUGAAUUUCUUUCAUGUGCCAUAACUAGUCUUUCCUUUUUUUAGGUUAAACAUAUGAAUAAGAGCAAUAUAUCCGUAAACCUUGAAAUAAUAAUUUUUAUGAUAAAUUAAGUAAUGUACAAAAUAGAUAAAAUUAUUUUAAAUUAUGUAUAUUCCACCAUUUCUUAAUUACUAUGUAAUUAAUCAUAUUUUUGCGUUAUUUUGUUAUUACAUAAUACUAGGAUUCGGAUCCCCGCAAGGAAAAUGAGUAUUAAAUUUUCAGUAUUAUUUUAAAAUGGUUAGAUACUAAAUGUCUAACACAAAAAAUGAAAAUAUAUAAUUCUAUGAAAAACAAAUUAUUAGAAUUUUAUUAUAAAUAAAAUAUAUUGAAAACACUAAUGUCAAAGUCAUGAACCCUUCAAAAAUAUUAGGUUUAAUAAUCAAUAUUAUUUUUGAAUAUUGUUUCAAAAAUGAUUAUAUAUAUAUAUAAUUUUGAAAAAUAUAUAUAACUGAUAUAUUUUACUUUUUGGUAAAAUAUAUAUUUUAAACAUUGCAUAUAGAUUUAAGAUGAAAAAUAAGAUUAUUAGAACUGACGAUGCAAACUAGAUUAUUAAAAUUUUAUUAUAAAUAAAAUCUAUUAAAACACUAGUGCCAGAGUGAUACAAUCCUUCAAAAGUAUUAGGUUUGCUAAUCAAUAUUAAAAUUUUAGUAUUCUCUUAAAAAUAAUUAUUUAUUAUAUGUUUAAAACAAAAAAUGAUAAUAUAUAAAGAUUGUUUUGUAUAUAUAUAUAUUUUUAUUUAUUUAUUUAUAUAACUUAUAUAGUUAAGAAAGAUUGAGGAUAAAAUUACUAAUGCCAAACUUAUGCAAUCACUGAAAAAUAUUUGGUUUACUAAUCAAUAUUAAAUUUGCAAUUUUAGUUUAAAAUGAUUAUAUAUUAAACGUUUAAAACAAAAAUGACUUUUUGUUAAGAAAAACAAAUUAAUAUUAUUAAAAAUAUUAUAAGUGAAGGUAUAAAAUGAUGAUUUAAUACAUAAUUUUCCAAAUGUUUGUAGCACUUUAUGAUUAAUUGUUUAGAAUCAGAUAUAUUAAAAUACAUAUUUUCAAGUUACUAUAAUAAUAAAAACAAUUAAGAGUGAAAAUGUAUAUUACAAAAAUAAUGAUGAAAACGUUAAAAUCUUAGUUGUAUAAGACAGUUAUGAUCAUAAGUGAAAAUACAGAUAUAUGAAAGAUCCAACCUUUUAAAAUAAUUUUUAAUUAAUAUUUUAAAUAAAUAAUAAAUAUGUUAGUUAAACAUGAUAAAUUUUAACUAAUGAUAAAAUAUUUUUAUGUUAAAAUAUAGGUUUAGGGAAGCAAAAGAUGGUUAUCAAAAAACAUAACAUACAUUUAAUUUUAAAACUAAUUAUAAAGUAAAUAUUUCACAACCAAAUAAUAAAACCAUUUUACAACUUAAAUAUUUUUACAAAUAUAUCAAAUUCCAAAUCAGAAAUAGUUAUUCAAAUUGAGAUAAGAUAAAUAAAAGAUCUUUGAAAAAAAACAUAAAUGGGUUUUUAUUUUUUUCACUGGAUCUAAAAUGGUAUGCAAUUCUUAAUUUUUUAGAAUAUUUUUAACAGUAUAAAAUUGUUCUCCUUGAUAUAAUGAGAUUAUGCAACAAGAACCUACAAAUGAAAAGAUGUAUGUAGUAAAAUAAAUAGAGUUGAAAAGGUUUAAGUGUUAAAAACACAACUUUUCAUCUAAAUAAAUGGUUAUAACCUGAAAAAUACAACAAAUCGAAAUGCUAGCCCUAAUAAUAAUUGUUUCUUUUUAUCUUUUCAAUUUGAAGAUUCUUAGCAAUUUAACCUCUGAUUUCCUUAUAAAACAAACAAACAAAAAACCUGAAAGUUAUAAUAAAAUUAUUAAAUUAGAGAAGAUUUAUAAAUUUCUAAUUGUUAAAUGAGAUGAAAUAGGUUCUUUGUGAUGUGAUGUUUAAAAUGAACCAUAAGUUUGUUAUUAAUUUGUUUACUAAAAAAUAAAAUAAGAACUUAUUUUGCUAGAUUCCACGUAGUGUAUUAUUACCAAAAUACACAGUUUUCUGUAUUUCUAUAAAGGUUAAUCAUUUCUAUAAAGGUUUUGAUGAAAAUCUCCCGAGGAGUCGGCACUCUAAAUUGGUAAAGGGAAUAAACCUUGAUGCUAUGAAACCAUAGAGUUUCAAAGAAAAGGAUGUAGAGUGAAAGGUUGUACGAAGGAUGUGGAAAACCUCCGAUUUACCAACUCAAUUUUCUAGGAUAUGACGCACUUAGACGACAAUGAGGUUGAUUGUAUAUGAUGCACCAGGAUGAAUCGGUCUGAUCCCUUGGAUAUGUCGCACCAAGACGGAUCGAAAAGAUCAAUGGAUAUUACACACCAUUGAAAGAAAAGUGAGAAUCUCUCUCAAGAUUCCAAAAAUAAUUAACACUUAAAGCUUAUUUUAGUUCAAUAGAGAUUACAACUUAUUUAUGAAAAAACUAAACUUGUUGAGAAAGCUAGAUAAUUAAUACAUAAGAAAUCACAAAACAGUGCAUGGAAGAGAGAUAAAGUUCUUGGAACAAACAUGCAGGAGAUAAAAGUUUUCCAUGCAAUUUAGUUUCUGAUUUUCAUCAUUUUUCUUGGACUGCAAAGGAACCACUUUUUUUUGUGAACUUCAUAAAAAUUGGCUGGAUAUGUUAACUAACAUCAUGGUUGAUUUAUGAAUGUCAUCCAUGUCUUUUACUUAGUAAAUCAGCCCAAGAUCACAUUAUGUUUCCAUUUAUAUUUUGUAGUUUUUAUUGACUAAAUAAGCUAAACUGUUAUUUCUUAAAAUAACGACUGGCGGUUUUAUUUUUGAAUGGUCAUAUAUAUGAAAGACUAAGUUCAAAGUAAUAUAUUAUUCUUCUAGACUAAUUCUAUAUGAUUGUUUUUUUAGGUUAUCAAUCAUUACAAUUGUUGGUUAGUAUUGUGCUCAUCACUGUAAUUUAUACAUAAGAGAGGAUAUAUGUAAAUUUUAUAGCAGAUUUGUAAAUCAGUAAGUUAGUAUAUGUAAAGGAGCUGGGAAAUAUCUUAGUUAUAAGUGUGUCCGAAAACUUUGAUAUUUUAUAUUUGUUCAUGUUUUGACUUAGUUUUCGCACUGGAUUUAUUCAUACGGAAACAGUUUAAAUUUUAUUUCAUAAAUUUUCAUUCUAGUAUAUAUAGUUUGAAGUGAAUUAUUUAAUUUUAAUGCAUGGAUUUUGUUAAAUUUGAUUUUAUGAUUACUUUUAUAUUAACGCUUUACUUUAAACUGCUUAAAAAAUAUUCAAAGAGUAAUGAAAUUACUAUAUAAAAACAGAUGUGGUAUAUAACAAAUUAUUAGUGUUAUUAUUCUUAAUCAAACAUUUUGUAAACAAGAAAUACAAUUUAGUCUAAUAAAUUAAUGCACUUCAUUCCGACAAAUAGGAUAUCUAAUAUUUAAAUGAAGCCACAUUAAAAUAUUUUCUUUUCCGAAUUUGUGACCACAGUUUAAAAUCACCAUUUCUGAUCCUAUAUAAAAAAAUCAAACAAAUAACACAUUGGUCUUGUAAAUGUUUUUCAUCAUCUUUAACGAUUAUGUAAUAACUAGGUGUUUUGUCCGCGAUGCAUGCUUAAGCAUUUUCAUAAAUUUUUGAAAAGUUUUUUGUAUACUAUACUAGUUAUAUUGUGUUUUACAAAAAGAAUUCUUGCGAUCAAUUUAGUAUCAUUUAUGCAUUGUCUACUCUCGAAUAUAUAAAUAUAUAUAUUUCUGAACAAUUAAAUAUUAAAAUAUUUUAGUGGUAUAAUUUAAACUUGGGUCUCUAGUCAAAAAAUAAAACUUGUUUCCAAUUUAUGUAAAGAAUAUUAUUUUUUUGAAUGAGCAAAGAUUUAAGGAUGGUUAUUGUUUUAAGAACAUUAACUUGUUAUUUCUGAACAAUUAAAUAUUAAAAUAUUUCAGUGGUAUAAUUUAAACUUGAGUCUCUAGUCAAAAAACAAAACUUGUUUCCAAUUUAUGUAAAGAAUAUUAUUUUUGUGAAUGAGCAAAGAUUUAAGGAUGGUUAUUGGCAAAUAAAUGUUUGAGAACUUUAAUUUUUUUUUUCUUCUGAGAUUCUACUGCUAUAAUAGUUUAAGGGUUUUUGAAAUAUUACUAAUUAAUUGUUAUUGAUUCGAAGAUUUUCAAAUUUCAUUAAAAUUCUUUAUUUAUUUAUGAUAAUAGUUUUUCAUUCUAUUUUAACAAAAUUUAACGUUAUUAAAAUAUAAUUUACCUUUUUUAUUCAUAAGAUACAACUUUCAAAAUAUUUUGGCAAUUAAAAUAA